GGACAUCCUUUUUCUGACCGUACCUUCAGGGAACAUGCUGGAGUUUAAUCUAACCAAUGAGAAGCUGAUUCUGUUCUCAGCCAAGGCUCCACAGGUCAAACACAUCGUGGACUGCUUCAUCACUGAGAUCAAGAAGGACUCUGACUAUGUGGUAGCAGAGCGUAACUUUGUGACAGACGAGCGUCCUCUGCUCGCAUUCCAUAAAGGUGACAUCAUCAGGCUGCAGGUCACGGAAGGACUGGAAAAGGGAUACAGCUACGGCUCUGUUGUGAGGAAGAAGGUGAUGUUUCUGGAGGAGAUGAAGAGAGACACGCCAGACUUUGGUUGGAAGUUUGGAGGGGUGUUUGGUCGUGCAGGGGCGUUCCCGACAGAUUGUGUCCGUCCCGUUGCUGCCCCUGACUUCCUGUCCCUCCCGGUCGACCGCAGGGCGGAGCUUAAAGGAGGAGCAGGGCAGGUUGCCGUGACAUCAGCUAUGGCUGUGGCCGUGGCGUCCAGCGCGGCCGCUCACGAGAUAGACCCCACCCUGGAGGAGGGGUUUGAUGAGGUCCUAGAGGUCGACGAGAACGUUCUGCAGGACACGCGGUACGAUAUGGUGGAGUUCGCAAAGAAAUACUUCAGACAACCGACUGCUAAGGGGGCCUCUGUGAAGUCCAAGAAGCCCAAAGAUACCAGAGAUCCCUUUGAAAUGGUCAGGUUCUCCAAGUCUCCACUGUCUGAAUCUCUGAUAGAGUUCACUGAUCCUGCUAUGAACAGAGUGGCUACAGACAUCUUCCUAUCGGUGAUGCGUUUUAUGGGAGACCACCCCCUGAAGGGCCUGACAGAACAAGAAGUAGUCAACACCUUCCUGAAGCUGAUUGGACAGUUUGGUCUGAUGAAGGAUGAAGCCUACUGUCAAAUCCUCAAACAGAUUACAGGAAACACCAGCUCUAAACCGGACAGUUGUCAGCGUGGCUGGAGGUUGCUUUACAUCCUGACUGCGUUCCAUCGCUGCUCUGAGGUCCUGAAGCCCUUCCUGUUGAAGUUCCUACAGAACGCCUCCCUCAGUCAGGGAGUAGUGUUUCAGGGCAUAUCAAAGGCUUGUGAGCAGAACCUGAGGAAGACCUAUCGGUACGGAGGACGCAUCAUUCCUCCCAGCAGCAUGGAACUGAAAGCUACGGUGGCGGGGAGGAGCUCCAAGCGACAACUGUUCCUGUUCCCAGGAGGCAUCGAACGGCACCUGAAGAUCAAGACGUGCUCUGUGGCGCUGGACGUGAUAGAGGAGCUGUGUUACGAGAUGGGUCUACACAGACUGGAGGCCGUUGACGAGUACGCUGUCUUCCUGGUCACAAAAAGAGGUGAGAAUGUCCGUCCCCUCAAUAAGAGGGAGUACAUCCUGGACAUUGCUACGGAGGCGGAGCCAAUGGACUGUAACUACAGCCUGUGGUUCAGGAGGGUUAUCUGGACACAGACGCUCAAAUUUGACAACGAGCUCUGUGUCACCAUGCAUUAUAACCAGGUGCUUCCAGACUACCGUAAGGGCUUGAUGAACAUCCUGCCCAGAGGUAAAGUCUCUGAACAGCUGUUCCUCCAGAUCUCUAAACUAUCAGCUCUACAACACAGAGCCAAGGACAUGACGUUCAUACCCAGCAUCCAUGAGUUGUCGGAGUACGUCCCCCCCCUUCUGUUUGGGAAGCAGCCCCCCCAGGCAUGGGUCACCAUGGUAACGCAGCACAUGCAGCAGGUCCAGACCCUCAACCCGCACCAGGCCAAAGCUCAGUUUCUGGGUCUGGUCAGUGCGUUCCCCAUGUUUGGCUCCUCCUUCUUCUACGUCCAGUCUAGCAGCAGUGGCUCCAUCUACGCUCCCUGUAUCCUGGCUGUCAAUCAAAAUGGACUGCACUUUCUCAACAAGGACACUCACGAGCUGCAGACAGUGGUCCCCCUGGUGGAGGUGCAGUCUACCCGCACCCAGAGACCCUCGGCCGGGACCAGCUACCCCUACGUAGACCUCACUCUGGGAGAUCUGACCACUCACAGAGUCACGCAGAUACAGCUCAAACAGGGAUUGGAGCUGUGUCGGGUCAUUGCCAUGCACGUGGAGAACAUGCUGUCAGUCAGAGAGAAGAGAUUCACCCUGCCACCCAGCGAGGUCACUGUGUUAUAAGACACUGUCUGUCUCUCAGGGAGAAGAGACUCACCCUGCCACCCAGGGAGGUCACUGUGUUAUAAGACACUGUCUGUCUCUCAGGGAGAAGAGACUCACCCUGCCACCCAGCGAGGUCACUGUGUUAUAAGACACUGUCUGUCUCUCAGGGAGAAGAGACUCACUCUGCCACCCAGCGAGGUCACUGUGUUAUAAGACACUGUCUGUCUCUCAGGGAGAAGAGACUCACCCUGCCACCCAGCGAGGUCACUGUGUUAUAAGACACUGUCUGUCUCUCAGGGAGAAGAGACUCACCCUGCCACCCAGCGAGGUCACUGUGUUAUAAGACACUGUCUGUCUCUCAGGGAGAAAAGAAUCACCCUGCCACCCAGAGAGGUCACUGUGUUAUAAGACACGGUCUGUCUGUCUGUCUCUCAGGGAGAAGAGACUCACCCUGCCACCCAGCGAGGUCACUGUGUUAUAAGACACUGUCUGUCUCUCAGGGAGAAGAGACUCACCCUGCCACCCAGGGAGGUCACUGUGUUAUAUGACACUGUCUGUCUGUCUGUCUCUCAGGGAGAAGAGACUCACCCUGCCACCCAGAGAGAUCACUGUGAUAUAAGACACUGUCUGUCUGUCUGUCUCUCAGGGAGAAGAGACUCACCCUGCCACCCAGCGAGGUCACUGUGUUAUAAGACACUGUCUGUCUGUCUGUCUCUCAGGGAGAAGAGACUCACCCUGCCACCCAGAGAGGUCACUGUGUUAUAAGACACUGUCUGUCUCUCAGGGAGAAGAGACUCACCCUGCCACCCAGGGAGGUCACUGUGUUAUAAGACACUGUCUGUCUGUCUCUCAGGGAGAAGAGAUUCACCCUGCCACCCAGAGAGGUCACUGUGUUAUAAGACACUGUCUGUCUGUCUGUCUCUCAGGGAGAAGAGACUCACCCUGCCACCCAGAGAGGUCACUGUGUUAUAAGACACUGUCUGUCUGUCUGUCUCUCAGGGAGAAGAGACUCACCCUGCCACCCAGCGAGGUCACUGUGUUAUAAGACACUGUCUGUCUCUCAGGGAGAAGAGACUCACCCUGCCACCCAGAGAGGUCACUGUGAUAUAAGACACUGUCUGUCUCUCAGGGAGAAGAGACUCACCCUGCCACCCAGCGAGGUCACUGUGUUAUAAGACACUGUCUGUCUGUCUGUCUCUCAGGGAGAAGAGACUCACCCUGCCACCCAGGGAGGUCACUGUAAAACCAUAAAACAAGUGACAUGUUUACAACCUUAACGUCAGUGUUUAAAACAUUAAAACCUGUGUAAAACAUUUA